AUGAAACGUUCCAUCGACGAUUCCACGGCAACCAUUCCCAAACCAGUUUUCCUCACCAAAGCCCGGCGUGAACGGCAAGCUCUUGAACGCCACCACAUUCAAGUCACCGGUCAUCGGCGUAAUCAGGAAGACUUUCUCCUUUCAACUAACAACCGUGAUAAGGAACAUGAAGAAGAGAUUAAGCCAGCGGAAAGAGAAAAAGAGGAAGAGGUUGAAACGAUUAAAUCGAAAAAACCAAAAAUGAGGGUUAUUAAACCUACCGAGAAAUUUAUAUUUUCUUUUGAAUGGGAAAAUCCUGAAGAUAUUUUGCGUGAGUUGGAUAUCAUGAAUCAAGAAGAUGCUCAGUUAAGAAUGAUGGUUGUUUAG